AUGACUGUCCACCGCGAAGAAUGGGAGACGCUAGUUGUGGCGGCGGAGCUGGUGGCGACGCUGUGCACGUCGUUCUGGUUGAUAACACGUCGCUCUGGUCGCGUGGACGCGCGUCCUCUCUCUAGCGAGCCCGCUGCCUUGCUACAGCCUCGCAGUUGCUGGUCGUUGCGAGCUUUGCUGGCGUUUAGAGCCGCGGCGACGACCUUCUUCGUGCUGAUCCAAGUAUGGGACGUGUAUCGCUCUAGAGGUCGCUGUCUGGCCUUCUACACGUCGUGGAACUUUAUUCUUCAGGGCACAUACUUCUUGGGGGCUGCAUGGCGCACCAGAAGCCACUUACAACGUCGCUUAGACGAGAGAACGGCGAGUUACACGGCCCUAGUGGACGAUAGCGAUGAUGGAACCGGCAGCCCCUUUGCCCGACGAAGGAGGAUUAUUAGAGGAAGUGGUCUACACUGGAUCGACCUGGAGUUGCUAUUGGACGUUUGCUUAGCCGCGUCGCUGCUCAUCUGCGUCGUGGUGUGGACGGUAUUGUACCCGUAUGCAGUCAAGAUCGGCCACCCCGAGACGAUCUUGAACGGAGUGAGUUACUGCCAACAUGGCGCGAAUGUAAUAUUGCUACAAAUUGACUUCUUGGCUACAAGACACCUGGUAUCAAGAGAUGCGUUGCCUCUUAUUAUGGGUUGGCCGUCAGUAUACGCUGUCUUUGCUUGGAUUGUUCAUAGCACGGUGGCUAAAGGCUUUUGGCCUUAUCCAUUCCUCAAGCUGGAUACGCCAUGGGCUCCAUUUUGGUAUGGCGGGCUAUUGGCUGCACACAUCAUGGCACUGAUGCUGGCAAUGCUGCUGUCAAAGGCCAAGCACAAGCAGCAGAGAACGGUAUCGUUCGCAGACCAAGUCGAAGUUUAA